GUGCUUUCUAUGGCCUCUCCUGUUGUCCCUAGUGGGGGCUCCCCAACAGGUGGUGGGGCCACUGCAGGGCUGCUGCAGCCCCGCUGGAAACGUGUGAUUGGGUGGUCAGGCCCUGUGCCUCGGCCCCGACAUGGACACAGAGCUGUGGCAAUCAAAGAGCUGAUUGUGGUCUUCGGAGGGGGCAAUGAGGGCAUCGUGGAUGAGUUGCAUGUCUAUAAUACAGCUACAAACCAGUGGUUCAUCCCAGCUGUGCGUGGAGACAUUCCACCUGGUUGCGCUGCAUAUGGUUUUGUUUGUGAUGGGACCCGUCUCCUGGUAUUUGGUGGAAUGGUUGAAUAUGGCAAGUACAGCAAUGAUCUGUAUGAAUUGCAGGCCAGCCGUUGGGAAUGGAAGAGACUCAAGGCCAAGAUGCCCAAGAAUGGGUCCACACCAUGUCCACGCCUUGGCCACAGCUUCUCGUUGGUGGGCAACAAAUGUUACCUUUUUGGGGGAUUGGCCAAUGACAGUGAAGAUCCUAAGAAUAACAUUCCCAGGUACCUAAAUGACCUCUAUACCUUGGAGCUGCGGCCAGGAUCUGGUGUGGGGUCCUGGGACAUUCCCAUCACCUAUGGUGUAUUGCCUCCACCACGAGAAUCCCAUACUGCUGUGGUCUACACAGAAAAAGACAACAAAAAAUCCAAACUGGUCAUAUACGGGGGCAUGAGUGGUUGUCGUCUUGGUGAUCUUUGGACACUUGAUAUCGAUUCUUUGAUGUGGAACAAGCCUAACCUGAGAGGGGUGGCUCCACUCCCUCGUAGUCUGCAUUCAGCCACAACCAUUGGGAACAAAAUGUAUGUAUUUGGUGGCUGGGUGCCUCUUGUUAUGGAUGAUGUCAAAGUGGCUACACAUGAAAAGGAAUGGAAAUGCACAAAUACUCUGGCCUGCCUCAACUUAGACUCCAUGGCUUGGGAGCCCAUUCUGAUGGAUACACUGGAAGAGAAUACUCCACGGGCACGUGCAGGGCAUUGUGCCGUGGCCAUUAAUACCCGCUUGUACAUCUGGAGUGGCCGUGAUGGCUACCGUAAAGCCUGGAACAACCAGGUUUGCUGCAAGGAUCUCUGGUAUCUUGAGACUGAAAAACCUCCACCCCCUUCACGGGUUCAGCUGGUUCGUGCCAAUACCAACUCUUUGGAAGUGAGCUGGGGUUCUGUCCCAACUGCGGAUACUUACUUACUCCAACUGCAGAAAUACGACAUCCCAGCUGCCUCCUCGCCAGCUACUAAUCCUGUGCCCUCAGUGCCUGUCAAUCCCCCCAAGAGCCCUGCCCCUGCUGCUGCCGCACCUGUCACUGCCGUGCAGCCUCUGGCACAAAUGGGUAUCACCCUGCUGCCACAGACCACAGCUGUCGCUGCGGCCACUGCUGCUGCUGCUGCUGCUGCUGCUGCUCCUGCCCCACCAACCACAACAACCAUCCAGGUGCUUCCUACUGUGCCUACAAGCCCAAUGCCAGGGCCGCCUCCAGCAGCUGCCAUUGCUACUCCUCGUCCACAAACUGUUCCAGCUGUGCUAAAGGUCACUGGCCCACAAGCUACCACAGGAGCACCACUGGUAACAGUGCGGUCAGCAGGACAAGCUGGGAAAGGCCCAAUGACCGUGACUUCUUUGCCAGCUGGGGUACGCAUGGUGGUACCCACACAGAGCGCUCAAGGGACGGUGAUUGGUAGCAGCUCCCAGAUGAGUGGCAUGGCAGCUCUGGCAGCUGCUGCUGCAGCCACUCAGAAAAUUCCACCGUCCUCAGCCCCCACUAUGUUAAGCAUGCCUGCUGGUACUACCAUAGUUAAGACUGUUGCAGUGUCCCCAGGCACCACCACAUUACCCACCACAGUUAAAGUUGCUUCUUCUCCAGUCAUGGUGAGCAACCCAGCCACCCGCAUGCUGAAGACAGCAGCUGCUCAGGUGGGCACCUCAGUCUCUUCAUCCACCACUAACACACCUACCAGGCCCAUCAUCACCGUGCACAAAUCAGGCACGGUCACUGUAGCACAGCAGGCCCAGGUGAUGACAACCGUAGUGGGUGGAGUAACGAAGACCAUCACAUUGGUGAAAAGCCCUAUUUCCGUGCCUGGAGGAAGUGCAUUGAUUUCCAAUUUGGGAAAAAUGAUGUCUGUUGUGCAGACCAAACCAGUCCAGACAUCAGCUGUAACCGGCCAAGCAUCAACUGGUCCUGUGACUCAGAUAAUCCAGACCAAAGGGCCUCUGCCUGCUGGCACUAUUCUGAAACUAGUGACUUCAGCAGAUGGCAAGCCCACCACAAUCAUCACCAGCUCUCAGGCAGGUGGCACAGGUACUAAGCCUACCAUCCUGGGCAUCAGCAGUGUGUCACCCAACACAACAAAGCCUGGUACCACCACUAUUAUCAAGACCAUCCCCAUGUCAGCUAUUAUUACGCAAGCAGGUGCCACAGGUGUUACUAGUAGUCCUGGGAUUAAGUCUCCCAUCACCAUUAUCACCACAAAAGUGAUGACCUCUGGCACUGGUACACCUGCCAAGAUCAUUACAGCAGUACCCAAAUUAACCACAAGUCAUGGACAGCAAAGCGUGACACAGGUAGUGCUUAAGGGAGCACCAGGACAACCAGGCACAAUCUUGCGAACUGUCCCUAUGGGUGGAGUACGACUCGUUACCCCUGUCACUGUGUCUGCAGUCAAGCCUACUGUUACCACUUUGGUAGUGAAAGGAACAACAGGAGUUACAACCUUAGGCACUGUAACAGGCACGGUCUCAACAAGCCUAGCUGGAACUGGAGCACACAAUACUAAUGCUUCCUUGGCUACGCCUAUUACCACCUUGGGGACCAUUGCCACACUUUCCAGCCAGGUCAUCAACCCAGCUGCCAUCACUGUCUCAGCAGCACAGACAACCCUGACAGCAGGAGGAGGCCUCACCACUCCCACCAUCACUAUGCAGCCUGUUUCUCAGCCUACUCAAGUCACCCUGAUUACAACCCCGAGCGGUGUAGAGGCUCAGCCGGUGCAUGAUUUGCCUGUUUCUAUCUUGGCCUCUCCCACCACAGAGCAGCCCACAGCCACAGUCACCAUCGCUGAGCCGGGGCAAGGAGAUUCACAGCCAGGCACUGUUACACUGGUGUGCUCCAAUCCACCCUGUGAAACACAUGAUACUGGCACAACCAACACAGCUACGACCACAGUUGUUGGCACUUUGGGUGGGCCAGCUCAGCUACAGUUUGUGUGUGAUGGGCAGGACGGUGGUGGCCUCCAGCCCAAUGGUCGAGUGGUGCAGAUAUGCUCAAAUCCUCCUUGUGAGAUGCAUGAGACUGGUACAACCAACACAGCAACCAUUGUUCUGAGUGCUGGGCAGAAGAUAUGUUCCAAUCCACCUUGUGAAACUCAUGAGACUGGCACCACCAAUACAGCCACCAUCUCCAAAACAGAGAAGGCACCCUCAGAGCCACCAUGCCAUACUUUCCAAACCAAUGCCACUGGCACCACUAUGACAGUAAAGGCCAUCGUAGGUACAGGUCAGCUAGUGUGUUCCAAUCCUCCCCGUGAAACCCACGAAACUGGCACUACAAAUACUGCUACCACCACCACCUCAAACAUGGGCCAAGGGCAACCUGAUGACGGACAGAAGGAAUUGACUAACACUUCAUGCCAAACAAAGCAGACAGGUAGCACCAGCACUACCAUGACAACAAAAACAGAUAUUCCCACAGAGCAUCCAUCUGCAGUUCAAAUUGUAAGCUUCAUGCCAGCUGCUGGCUUGCCUAGUGUUGCUUCUGGCACUACCACAGAGCAAAGCAGUGAAAGACUACAAGCCCUGAAAAAAGGCCAGUGUGAAUCCCAUCAUACUCAUACCACCAAUACUGCCACCACAGCUCGGUCCCUCAUGGGCCAAGGGCAGCCAGAUGGCGAAUGGGUAGGAUCUGCCAACCCUCCGUGCCAAACACAACAAACCAACUCUACCAGCACCACCAUGUCUGUCAAAGUUGAUGUGCCAGUUCAGUCAAGUGCACCUUGCAAGACCCAUAACACGGAUACCAAGGAUACAAAUCUUCAAGUGUGUUCUAAUCCAUCUUGUGAAACUCAUGAAACAGGUACCACAAAUACAGCUACCAUAACGACAUCAAACCUGGGUGCUACCCAGCAGGUGUGCUCGAAUCCACCUUGUGAGAUUCAUGAAACGGGCACCACCAACACAGCUACCACAGCAACUUCCAACAUAGCUGUGGGACAGCAAGUGUGCUCGAAUCCACCUUGUGAGACUCAUGAAACGGGCACCACCAACACCGCUACCACAGCGACUUCCAACAUAGCUGUGGGACAGCAAGUGUUCAAUCCACCUUGUGAGACUCAUGAAACGGGCACCACCAACACCGCUACCACCACCACAUCAAACCUGGGAGCUGGACAAAAUGAAGGUGCCCAGCACCAACACCCCCCUGUUACACCCCCCUGUGAAACGCAGCAAACCAACUCCACCAGCACCACAAUGACACCCAGCAUAGGGGGUGAUGGCACUCAGUCUUCCAGCUCAGCAUCAGCACAAUGUGGGAACUCAGAACUGAGAAAAACUACUGAGAGAGAAUCACCAGGGAUUGCUGGGUCUUUGCCUCAGAGCUCAACACCCAGAAUAUGCUCAAACCCUCCUUGUGAGACCCAUGAAACAGGAACCACCCAUACUGCCACCACAGUUACUUCUUCUAUGGGUGCCAACCAAGAUCAGCCACCUGCUACCAAUGGGCAACAAGGGGAACCUGAGAUACCUGUGACUGAGAGUCCAGCUGCCAGCAGCCCCAGUGCUACUGCGGUGACCACAGUUUCCUCCACUCAAAUCAGAGCUGUCACCACAGUCACCCAGUCCACACCAGCGCCAGGGCCUUCUGUACCGAACAUCUCCUCGCUCACUGAUGUCCCUGCAGACGAGGCAGUUCCCCCUGUUGAGACUCCUGAUGCCACCAGCACAGAUUCCCUUCCUGCACCCUCUGAACCACUGCAGCCCUCCAUAGAGAUGCAGUCAGCAGUUGCAACCCCUGAGCCUCAGGGGCAAGCACAGGUUGCCUCAACUGGCACGCCGCCAACCGAAGGUCCUCUGGGUGAAACUGCUCCCCAUCCAGAACUUGCCCCUCCUACUGAAGAGGCACCACCCACACCAGCAGCCCCCACCCAAGAGUCUGUGGCUAUGGUGGUGCUGCCCCAGCCCACUCCUGCAGCUCCGCCGUCCUCAGAGGUGGAGCAUUUAGCAUUGCCUCAGGAACUGAUGGCGGAGAGCCAGGCGGGCACCACCACUCUGAUGGUGACAGGGUUGACUCCUGAGGAACUAGCUGUAACAGCUGCUGCCGAGGCGGCUGCCCAAGCUGCUGCCACUGAAGAGGCACAAGCCCUGGCCAUCCAGGCGGUCUUGCAAGCAGCCCAGCAGGUUGUAAUGGGUCCUGGAGAAGCCAUGGAUACCUCAGAGGCAGCAGCCACACAGGCUGAACUAGGCCACCUGAGUUCAGAGGGCCCUGAAGGACAGGCCACCGCUAUCCCCAUCGUGCUUACUCAGCAAGACUUGGCAGCCCUGGUGCAGCAGCAGCAACAGCAGCUUCAGGAGGCUCAAGCAGCAGCAGCGGCGGCAGCCGCUGCCGUUCAGCAGCAACAGCAGCAGCAGCAGCAACAACAACAGCAGCAGCAACAACAACAGCAGCAGCAGCAGCAGCAGCAGCAGACCCCUCAGCAUCAACUAUCUGCCCACUUGCCUACAGAAGCCCUGGCUCCUGCUGAUAGCCUCAAUGAUCCUGCCAGUGAGAGUAAUGGCCUCAAUGAGUUGGCUAGUGCAGUGACCAGCACGGUUGGGCUGUUACCUCCCACUCCCACAGAGAGUCUUGCUCCUUCAAAUACUUUUGUGGCCCCACAGCCUGUGGUAGUAGCCAGCCCAGCGAAAUUGCAGGCAGCAGCUGCCCUGACCGAAGUUGCUAAUGGAAUUGAACCAGCUCCAGUGAAACCAGAGCCUCCCACACAGCCUCCAAAAGUGGUUAUGAAGAAGGAAAAUCAAUGGUUUGAUGUGGGUAUUGUCAAGGCAACCAACAUGGUGGUGACACACUACUUCCUGCCGCCUGAUGAUGCACCUGCUACAGAUGAUGAUUCAGGAACUACUCCUGAUUAUUCUCAAUUCAAGAAGCAGGAGCUGCAGCCUGGUACUGCUUAUAAGUUCCGAGUGGCAGGAAUUAAUGCCUGCGGACGAGGCCCUUUCAGUGAAAUCUCAGCAUUCAAGACCUGUCUGCCUGGUUUUCCUGGAGCACCUUGUGCCAUUAAAAUCAGUAAAAGUCCAGACGGGGCCCACUUGACUUGGGAACCACCUUCAGUCACCUCUGGAAAAAUCACAGAAUACUCGGUGUACCUGGCCAUCCAGAGUCCUCAGGCGGGUGAACCUAAGAGUGCAGCACCUGCCCAACUGGCCUUCAUGCGGGUUUACUGUGGGCCCAGUCCUUCGUGCCUGGUCCAGUCAGCUAGUCUCUCCAAUGCCCAUAUAGACUACACCACAAAGCCUGCCAUUAUUUUCCGCAUUGCUGCCCGCAACGAGAAGGGCUAUGGUCCUGCCACACAAGUUCGGUGGCUUCAAGAAUCCAGUAAAGAUGGGUCUAUGACAAAACCAACCAACAAGCGGCCGCUUUCAUCUUCUGAUUUGAAAAGUGCUCCAAAGAAGCCCAAAGCAGAUGGGCAGUGAAGGGAGUCACCAGCUGUCCCCUCUUCCUGCCUGCUCCACAGCCUCUGCCUGAACUCCCCAGCCAGCCAGUCACCCCGUGUAUGGAGGAAGAUGGAAUUGCCGAAAGCACAUUUCAUACACCAUGGGAUGAACUGUUGGGGUGGGGGGGGGGUAGGGAGAAGAGACGCUGAGGCUCAUGUGAGGGAGCCCAAAGCAGGGCCAUCACUGUGCCAUACCCCACCUAGGAAGGGGGAAGAAGGAAUGGAAUUCCUCCCUCACCCUCUGCUUACUGCCCCAAUAACAUGGACAUUGAUGUUUGGGGUGGGCUUGAGGGAAAACUUGUUAUGGGGGGAGGGGGCUGUUGGGUUUUUUUACAAGUUGCAGUUACAGGAAUGAAGUUCUUUUGUAUUCCCCUGAAUCCUGUGUGUUGGGGGUAGGAGACUUGAUCUCCCUGCCUCCAGUUCUUGCCUCUGUACAGACCCUCUUCCUCAGUUUAGUUUUUAGUGUCUGCGUUUGGUAAUGGAGAGAAGUCCCUGCUAGUGGGGAUUGAGAAGAUGUGACAUGGUUGGCCACAGAUGCAGCUACUUUGAACAUUGGAGGGAAGGGGCUCAUGCUACAGCAGCUGUUCUAAUGCUCAGCGCAGGGUGUUUGUGGCUUGAAUCCACCCUCUUUUUUUCCCUGUACAUGGAACAGCCCCUCCUUAGCAGCACAAGCCAGGUUUGUUUUCUCUCUUUGCUCUUCCUGCCUCCAGGCCACAAGGUGGCAUGCUGUAGGCAGAUGUCUUGCCAUUCCUCUCCAUUGUUUUGUAUAAAACUUUUUUUAGGAAAAAAAUGAUUUGGGAGGGAGAAUGUAGCUGAUCCACCAGAGGCUUUUGGGUCAGAGCAAGGCUGGAGGGCGAUAUUCGUGAUGGUUGACAUACAAGUCUCCACUGUAUGGGGUAGGAGUUUAGGUUUCUCUAUAGAGAAAAAUAUGCCCCCUCCCCUCUUUCCCCCACUGGUUGUCUUGGGACAUUCCACAUAGGGGAGGGUGGGGAAAGCAACAGGGCUUACUCUGUAGAGUUGGGGGAGCUCUAUGGAAUACAGAAGAAAUGCCUCCCCCCAUGCGCACUGUUUGCUGUGUUGAGAUUGGUAGACAAACUAGCCCUCAGAAAAUACCCCCAUGAGCAAACCUCUCCCUUGCUCUGUGCCCUGGUCUUUUGUAUUAUAGUAUAUUUCGCUGUGUCCCACUUUCCUGUUCAGUCCUUAAGAUUCCUUCUGUCCUUCCUAUAUUUGACCCAAUUUAUUUUCCACCGAGACAGGAACAGCCCUCAUAGGAGUUUACCCUGGCUAUCCACCCUGACCUCCCCUUCCCCCCCUAGUGCUGCGUAUCUGUCGUUUUUGUGCUAUUUUGAACAAUUAAAGACUUUUUUUUGGAAACAAGA